UUAACCUGUGUUUCUUCACAUUCCCGUUGUGGCAAUUGUUUAAGACACAGCUUUAUAAGGGACCAAGAGAGCAGCGAGGGACACAUACGUGAUUCUGUGAACGUCUGGGCACCCCCCGGGGAAGGACCCUACCCAGAGCGGCAGAGCGGAAGGCCAGGGGAGGUGGCGUUUGGAGGGAAGGCCAUGUCCAGUCUGAAGGUGCUCCCACUUCUGCUCUUAUUCCACACACAGCUUUUCAAGGCCUUUCCAGUAUCUUCUCAACCCAAAGGAGAAAAAUAUAUAGAAGUUGUUCAGAAUUACCUGGAGAAGUUCUACCAGUUACCCAAGGACAUCUAUCAGUCUGAAAGGAAGAACAGUGCCAGUGUGAUUGUUGAAAAGCUUAAGGAAAUGCAGCAAUUCUUCGGGUUGCCCGUGACGGGGAAGCCCGAUGCGGAAACUCUGGAGAUGAUGGAAAAGCCUCGCUGUGGAGUGCCCGACACUGGUGAAUUUAUGUUGACCCCAGGAUACCCCAGGUGGAAACACACUAACCUGACCUACAGGAUUAUUAACUACACCCCACAAUUGUCAGAGGAGGAUGUGGAAGCAGCUAUUAAGAAAGCCUUUAAAGUCUGGAGUGACGUAUCACCCCUGAGCUUCACCAAGGCCUCACAGGGAGAAGCAGACAUCAACAUUGCCUUUGUCCAAAGAGCUCAUGGUGACAACUCUCCGUUUGAUGGGCCCAAUGGAAUCCUUGCCCAUGCCUUCCAGCCAGGCCAAGGUAUUGGAGGAGAUGCUCAUUUUGAUGCAGAAGAAACAUGGACCAAAACCUCUGAAAAUUACAACUUGUUUCUUGUUGCUGCCCACGAAUUUGGCCAUUCCUUGGGGCUCUCUCACUCUUCUGACCCUGGUGCCCUGAUGUAUCCCAACUACGCCUUCAGCGAAACCAGGACCUACUUGCUCCCUCAAGAUGACAUCAAUGGCAUUCAGGCCAUCUAUGGACCUUCAGACAACCCUAUCCAGCCAACAGGACCAAGCACACCCAUUGCCUGUGACCCCCGCCUGACAUUUGAUGCUAUCACCACACUCCGUGGAGAAAUACUGUUCUUUAAAGACAAGUACUUCUGGAGAAGGCACCCUCAGCUACGAAGAGUUGAACUCAAUUUUAUUUCCCUAUUCUGGCCAUCCCUGCCAACUGGUAUACAGGCUGCUUAUGAGGAUUCUGACAGGGACCUAGUUUUCCUAUUUAAAGGCAACCAGUACUGGGCUCUAAAUGGCUAUGACAUUCAGCAAGGUUAUCCCAAGGAUAUAUCCAAUUACGGGUUCCCAAGCAAUGUUCAAGCAAUUGAUGCAGCCGUUUCCUACAGGACAAAAACAUACUUCUUUGUGAAUAACCAGUUCUGGAGAUAUGAUAACGAAAGACAAUCCAUGGAACCAGGUUAUCCCAAAAGCAUAGCAAGUACCUUUCAAGGAAUAGACAGUAGAGUUGAUGCAGUUUUCCAGGAGAAUGAUUUCUUCCUUUUCUUCAGUGGACCAAGAUAUUAUGCAUUUAAUCUUAAUAGUCGUAGAGUCACUAGGGUUGACAGAAGCAUUCGAUGGCUCAAUUGUAGAUAGAGUUGAAGCAAAAUCAAAUGUGUUUGUAUCCACAUGAAAGGGAAGUCUAAUUUGUAUAUCCAUGGUGUGUCCUAUUAUACUUUUCUCAAUAUUAAAUAAUGCUGUUUUGUAUCACUCUA